GACAGACCAUAAGCAACUUUACUCCUAAACCGCAACUCCAUACCACUUUGUGUUUUGAAUCAUACGCUUGGAUAUACAGCCGGUCCGCCGACACCCAGAGCACUUUUAAUUCAGAAUAUUUAAGAAGAAAAAAACACAUCUCAAUAAUAUGGGAAAAGAAAAUAUCUUUUUUUUGUCUGUUUGGAUAAUUUUGGGAAACAUCUUUGCAACUUUUUCUUCUGACCCUGAACUCACCACCACCACUGUGUUUGUAAACAGCACAGUCACCGGUACUCCCCUGGCGACCACUUCUGAAUGGAUCACAGACUACACUGACAUCGUGACCAAGUUCUCCCUGCGCACCGUCGACAUCCCAGAUGAGGAUAUGUGCCACAUCGUGGCCGGCAGGCCAGAAACCAUCAAAGAGUGUCAAUUCAACUCCGAGACACAGACCUUCGUUGUGAUACAUGGCUGGACGGUGACCGGGAUGUUUGAGAGCUGGGUGCCCAAACUGGUGUCUGCUCUCUACGAGCGUGUGCCCAGUGCCAAUGUGAUCGUGGUGGACUGGCUGACCCGCGCCAACCAGCACUACCCGACCUCUGCAGCCUACACCAAACUAGUGGGCCGCGACGUGGCCAAGUUCGUUACGUGGAUACAAAAAGAGCUGCAGUUGCCCUGGGACAGGCUUCAUCUGCUGGGCUACAGUCUGGGAGCACACGUGGCUGGAAUUGCCGGAGACCUCACAGACCAUAAAAUCAGCAGGAUAACGGGCCUGGAUCCUGCUGGUCCCACCUUUGAGAACGCGGACAACCAGUUCACCCUGUCCCGAGACGAUGCCCAGUUUGUGGACGUCCUGCACACCAACACCAGGGGCUCCCCAGACCGCAGCAUCGGCAUCCAGAGACCCGUAGGCCACAUUGACAUUUACCCCAACGGAGGCACUUUCCAGCCUGGCUGCGACAUCCAGAAUACACUGAUGGGGAUCGCAUUAGAAGGCAUCAAGGGCCUCCAAAAUAUGGACCAGCUCAUCAAAUGUUCCCACGAGCGCUCCAUCCACCUGUUCAUCGACUCGCUGCUGAACACCCAGCAGCAGAGCCUGGCCUACCGCUGCAACUCCAGAGAGGCCUUCAACAAGGGCAUGUGCCUCAGCUGCAGGAAGAACCGCUGCAACAAGCUGGGCUACAACAUCAACAAGGUCCGCAUGUCCCGCAGUACCAAGAUGUACCUCAAGACUCGUGAUAUGAUGCCAUACAAAGUUUUCCACUAUCAAGUCAAGGUGCAUUUCUUCAGCAACGACCAACUGAGCUUCACCGAGCAGCCAAUGAAGAUUUCUCUGUAUGGAACCCACGGAGAGAAGGAGGACAUUUCCUUCGUAAUGCCGGUCAUGAAAGGUAACACCACUUUGUCGUUCCUCAUCACCACCGAUGUGGAUAUUGGAGACCUGAUGAUCGUGAAGCUGCGCUGGGAGAAGGACACAAUCAUCAGCUGGUCAGACUGGUGGGGCAGCAGCAAGUUCCACAUCAGAAAACUGCGCAUCAAGUCCGGGGAGACCCAGUCCAAGGUGAUCUUCAGCGCAAAGGAAGGAGAGUUUGCCUACCUCGUCAGGGGCGGAGAAGAUGGAGUCUUUGUCAAGUCAAAAGAAGACAACAUGAACCGUAAAGAGAAAUUGAUGCACAAGCUGAAAAUGCAGGGCAGUCUUUUUGGGCAGAACACCGCUUGAAGUUGCACUUGAACACACAUCAUGCGCAGCAUCCAUCUCUACACACAGAGCCAAAGAUGGACCGCACACAGCAACACUGGGAAAGCCAUACCAAGCAACUAGACAUAUACUGAAUGCUGCCUUCUUUUUCAUUCUUCUAAAUCGUCCUCCUGUUGUGCCUCAUGACUUUAACCAACACAACCUCAUCCACAGUGCUGGAAAUCCGUCUGCUCACAAACUCUGUCCUGUCUCUUCGCAUAUUCUGCUGCUGAAACAUGUUACAGGUUUCUUCGUGAUGAUGUGCUCACAUACAACAAAUGUACACUUUCAGUCGCAUUCGCUGCAUACCUUUGUAAUCCUUUGUUUAUGCUUCUGUAGCCUAUGUAUAUAUAUAUAGGGUUCAUACUGAUUUUAAUGUACUUUUAACCCCUGAAGUGGUGUUUUCUUUGCCUUUGUGAACUUGGAUUAUUGUUGAUGUGUAAAUGAUUCAGAGUGAUAGGCAUAAUUUAGGCACAUCUUUUUGUUUGUUUUUUUGUUUCUUAAAUGUGCAAAAUGAUAAUUUUGUCUCUAAUGUUUUUCUUUACUGAACCACUAAUUACGAACAAUCGACCGAGACCAAAGAAGUAUUCACUAUCUACUGAACGGAGAAUCACAGCGGUCUUUGUAAAUACAUUUUUGAAUCAGUAUUAUAUCUAUAUAUAUAUAUAUAUAUAUAUAUAUAUAUAUAUAUAUGUAUAUAUAUAUAUGUAUAUGUAUAUAUAUAUAUAUAUAUAUAUAUAUAUAUAUAUAUAUAUAUAUAUAUUUUAAAUAUGAGUAAUGCGUUAACAUCUGAUCUCUUGAAGCCGUUCUUGUUCUUUGAUUGUAUUUUGGUUAUUAUGUCACUGGUCACUUUAGAUGCAGCCAUUUAGAUGUCAAAGGUCAUUGAGAUCGCGGUCCAAUUCAUUUGGGUAUUUCUUUCCUGAAAUUCAACUGAGGUCACUUUUAAAUCCAGUAAUGACUAGGUGCUCCUUAAUUACUUUAUGCAUGGGCCAACAGUGUUUCACCUGCAGUAGUUUAUCUCAUUGACAUAACUCUGUCUUCAAAGUGCCUUUAUUUUGAAAAGGUCAAAUUUCACUUUUUAAAAUUGCUUAAAAUAAAUAUUCAAUACCUGAUAAUUGGUGAUGGACUGGCCUACAUGUUAACCAUAAUACCCCUCAAGAAUACUUCAUAUUGUAUUUAUUGAAUGUACAUUUAUAUAUUUGUAUAUUAAGCUGUAAUAUAUUUUGGGAGGCUUCCAUUGUCAUCUGUAUUUUCUUUUUUAUAAAUGAAGCAUUUUGUCAUUUUAUGCACUAGGCUUUGGAAAGAUCAAUUAAAUUCGUCUCCAUG